AUGAUUAAUAAAACUAAAGACCUGACACUUAUCACUGAAGCUCUAUCAGAGUUGCCCUCUUACGAGAACAUCAAGAUCCCAGCAACAAGCAACAGAAAAGUUUCUCACUUCCGUGCCUCAAAAACACAACCCUCAACUGCGUACCAAUACCCUGAAACCUACAAAGAGUUCCACAAAAGACAACAAAACAUGCAUAAAGAGGGUGUUAAAGCUGCUCAACUCCUUGUAAAAGAAUACUUGCCACCGGAAUUUAAAAAAUGUUUGAUGGAAAACAACUCGUGGGACUUGCCAUACACAUUUCCCAAGCCAAAAGGCACAGUUAUAGUUUCAAACAAGCCCCCUUCAUAUAACAAACUUCAUGUUUCUGUCGAUGCCAACUUGGUAAAGGACGUACAAGCAGAAGUUGACUUAAAGACUUGCUUGAAUAUAACUCCUACUGCUGACUGUGAGAAAAUGGGUAGGGAAGACAAUCGUAAGGAAAAAAUAUUGACGUUGAAGCAAAUGUUGAUGAAGACAGUAACAUAGGAGAGAAUUUAGAAGAAAAAGGAAGCAAAACCCUCAGUCAAGGAAAGCAAAAGUGGUACAUAGCAAGAAAUGGACAAAAGGUACACAUCGACUAA